GCUACUUGUUCCUAGCGAACAACCAUUCUUUUCUCACAUUGAUUCUUCCAGGCUAUGGUUCUUGCACUUACCCAGCGCUCUAACAGGAAUCAGGAUGAAUGAAUGUAGCUCUCCUAGUUUUUAUAUGCCCCAAUGAAUGCAAAACAAAUUUACGACCAGGUCCAAGGAUCGAGUCAUGUAGGGCAUGCUUCGAGCUCCACUCUUUGCUGCGACCAAGCGCGCCAUGUCCACUUCCACAGCAACCAACGCAUUCCACUCGCGUUUCCAGCAAUACGCUCUCCAACUGGACGCUACUAACGAGAGACGGGAGAGGCUCGUCAAGGCUAGCCGGGAUGUUACCAUCCACAGUAAGAAGGUCAUCUUCGUGAUCCACAGGCUCAACGAUUCCAACCGCGAUAAGAUAGUGGAGCAAGCCGAGAAGGAUCUGGCAGCGGUGCGCGACGCUCAUGUCUCCCGCGUAGCAAGAGAGGUUGAGGGCGUUGACUACUGGAAGCUCAAGCGAGCAUUCUCUCCAGGGAUGCAGGAGUUUGUGGAAGCUGCCACGGUGGUGGAGUUUUGCAAGACUGGGAAGCUCUUGACGCUGCAACAGCUCAACAGCAGCCUUUGUGGCGUCAAGGAUGCAUCCGGUGUGUCCUUCUCGGUCGAUAUUGACGACUACUUGCUCGGGAUUGCGGACUUGUCUGGCGAGCUGAUGCGCCUGGCCGUGAGCAGCGCAGCCAGCGGGCAGGGCCUGGAGGCGUCGGCGAGGAUCCGUGGCUUUGUGCAGGCACUGUACGAAGGCUUCUGCCUCUUGUUUUACAACGUCGACGGCGGGAGAGACAUGACCAAGAAGGUGGAGGUGAUGCUCCAGAGCCUCGUCAAGAUCGAGACAACUUGCUACUCCAUGCACGUCAGAGGGUCAGAGUAUCCGGCAAGCAUCGUCGACAGCUGAACGUAACGUUACCUUGCUAGUUUUGCCCUAACUGUCAGCUUUUCAGGUUGGGAGGAAAUGUAGCGAGUGUGAAUA